CUUCUUUUGAAAAAAAAUAAUAUAAAAAAUUGCCCUCUCUUCACUCCAUUUUCUAUAAAUAGGAGAGAAAGUGGGAGAGAAAUACAUAUCCAACCUUAGGUAAGACUAUAAGGUGUUUUUGAAUUGUGAGAUUCAGUAUCAAGAAUGGGAGGUGGUGGGAAUAUGUCUACUCCAACAACUACAACUGAAGCAAAGAAAAAUCCUCUCAAAAGAAUCCCAAUUUCAAAGCCCCCUUUUACAAUUGGUGAUGUCAAGAAGGUUAUUCCUCCUCACUGCUUUCAACGAUCUCUCAUCCGCUCGUUUUACUAUGUUGCUCAUGAUCUCUCACUUGCUUCCGCCUUCUACUACAUAGCCUCGACUUACUUUCACCUCCUUCCAUCUCCCUAUCGUUACCUAGCAUGGGUUACUUACUGGAUUGUUCAGGGUUGUGUUUUUUCUGGAAUAUGGAUGAUUUGCCAUGAAUGUGGCCAUCAUGCCUUUAGUGAUUACACGUGGGUAGAUGACACUGUUGGUUUUAUCCUUCACUCUGCAAUUCUAAUGCCAUACUUCUCAUUUAAAUAUAGCCAUCGUCGUCACCACGCCAACACUAAUUCCAUUGAUCAUGAUGAAAUUUACGUGCCAAGGAUUAAAUCUGAAAUACCUUGGUUCAACAAAUACUCGAACAAUCCACUAGGACGAAUACUCCAACUUGUUACCAUGCUCACUCUCGGCAUGCCUUUGUACUUGAUCUUUAAUACCACGGGAAAGAAUUAUGGCCGCUUUGCAAGUCACUUUGAUCCAUAUGGACCUAUAUAUAAUGAUCGUGAGAGGUUAUGGAUCUACAUUUCAGAUGCAGGUGUGAUUGCAACUACUUAUGUGUUGUAUCGCAUUGCUCUGGCACAAGGCCUAGCUUGGGUUGUAUGUAUUUAUGGGAUGCCCCUCCUAGUUAUGAAUGGAUCCAUAAUAUUAGUGACUUUGUUGAGCCACACUCACCCUUCAGUUCCAUUUUACGAUUCAUCCGAGUGGGAUUGGUUAAGAGGAGCUCUAGCUACUGUAGAUAGAGACUAUGGUGUGCUAAACAAGGUCUUUCACAAUUUCGUAAAUACUCAUGUGGUGCAUCAUCUAUUCUCAACUAUACCACAUUACCACGCGGAGGAGGCAACCAAAGCUAUCAAGCCAUUACUAGGAGAAUACUACCAAUUUGAUGGUACUCCUUUUUAUAAAGCGUUCUGGAGGGAGACAAGGGACUGCCUUUACGUGGAGAAAGAUGAAGGAUCUGAUCACAAUAAUGGCGUUUUUUGGUAUAAAAACAAGCUCUAAAAGAAGAAUACAAUAAACUAGUUACUUGAAAUUGGGUAAAUGUUCAACCUAAAUCGUUGUAAGCAUUUUAUACUAAUGUUUGUUUACAACUUGUUUGGAUUGUAAUUUCCUAUAUAUUACUCCAUAUUGUAUCAUCUCAGAAGUUUCACAUUCCA